CCUGGCCUAGAAAGCCAGCCCAGGCAGAAGCUCCAACACAGCUUGAGCUUUGUCCCUCACAUGAACUCUGCUCCUGGUAGCCCCAUAGCUGCUGCUGUUGCUGCAGGAAGAGGAAGAGGGAGAAGGAGGAGGAGCUUGGCUUGUCUGGCCUUGGUGCCGGAGCUGGGGAAAGAUGCAGGCCCCUCUGGGAGCCGUGCUCCCUGCCCUUUGGGAAAAAGCCCCACUGGAGACCCUCCUGCUCCUCUCUGCCAUACUCCUGAUCCUGGCACAGUAUCUGCAGAGGAGGAGGCAGCAUCUCAACUAUCCCCCUGGACCUCCUGGGCUGCCCAUAGUAGGCAACAUCUUCCAGAUGGACUUUAAAAAUCCCAGAAUGACCAUUCAAAAGCUUGCCAGAGAAUAUGGAAAUGUUUUCAGCACACAUGUGGGCAGUUCCAGCUUUAUAAUGGUUACUGGAUUGCCACUGAUCAAGGAGGUCCUGGUCAACCAAGACCAUGUGUUUAUUGAUCGUCCCCAAUUUCCUAUCAACUUACAUGUCUUUAAAUCACUCGGCUUAAUCAUGUCUAAUGGCCAAACAUGGAGACAGCAAAGAAGAUUUGCCUUAAUGACCUUAAGGAACUUUGGUUUGGGAAAGAAGACCCUGGAAGAUCGGAUCCGGGAGGAGGCCAGGUAUCUCACUGAGGCUAUUGGGGAAGAAAAAGGACAGCCCUUUGACCCCCACUUUCAGAUCAACAAUGCUGUUUCCAAUAUUAUCUGCUCCAUAACUUUUGGACAUCGCUUUGAUUACCAUGAUUCUCAGUUCCGAGAGCUGCUGAAGACUUUGGAUAAUGCCAUGGCGCUCUCAAGCAAAUGGGAAUGUCAGCUUUUCAAUGUGUUUCCUUGGAUAAUGAAAUUCCUGCCAGGAUCUCACCAGGAGUUCUUUAGAAAAUGGAAGAAGCUAGAGUCUUUUGUAGAACAUGAAAUCAAACAACAUAAAGAAAACCUGAACCCAGAAGAGACCCUGGACUACAUUGAUGCUUACCUGAAGGAGCUGUCCAAGGAUAGCACCCAUUCUAGUUUUAGUGAAGAAAAUUUGGUCUUCUGCACCCUGGACCUCUUCUUUGCUGGAACAGAGACAACAUCAACUACUCUGAGGUGGGCACUGCUGUAUAUGGCCCUUUAUCCAGAAAUACAAGGAAAAAUACAAGCUGAGAUUGACAGGGUGAUUGGCCAAUCCAGGCAACCCACCAUGGCUGAUAAGGAGAUUAUGCCCUACACUAAUGCAGCUGUUCAUGAAGUUCAGAGAAUGGGUGAUAUUCUUCCUUUCAAUGUGGCCAGGGUGGCCACGGUUGACACCAAAGUGGGAGGAUACCACGUGCCAAAGGGGACCAUGGUAUUGACCAACUUGACUGCCCUGCACAGGGACCCUGAGGAGUGGGAUACCCCAGAAACCUUCAACCCGGAACACUUUCUGGAGAAUGGACAGUUUAAGAAGAGAGAAGCCUUUCUGCCUUUCUCAAUCGGAAAGAGGGUCUGCCUGGGAGAACAGCUGGCUAGGACUGAGCUAUUCCUUUUCUUCACUUCCCUGCUCCAGAAAUUCACAUUCCAGGCUCCCCCAAACACCCAGCUGAGCCUGGACUUCCGAUAUGGCAUAACCAUCUCUCCGGCCUCCUACAAAAUCUGUGCCCUUCCUCGGGUGAUGUAGGCCAAGCUAGGCCUGUAGGGUGGUCUUCUGAGUGGGGAGAGGAAGGACCUGGAACCAUCUUCAUUCUCCAAGGGGUCACCCACUCUUCCCCUUGGAGUUUGGGUGGGGAAAGAGAGAGGAGUCUGUGGGUGGAGAGAGGAAAAAGAGACAAAGAGAGGGUAGCUGUCACUCAAUUUGUCUUUGUCCAACAUGGAGGAGCCCAAUAUAUGCUUCCUGAUUGCUUCAUCGCUAAAUAACUCUCUUUCACAUUUAUUAUUUCCCUUGACUUUCACAGUGCAAAACAGUAAUCCUUCAGGUGGUGAGUUGGGUUCCUCAUUGCUAUUGAAAGCCUUAUUACAGUUGAUAAAUCAUAAUCACUCCACUAUUAAUUACAGCGACAUGAGGCUAGGAAUGCCCAUGCCUUGAGAAUUGCUAAUCUGUUAAGGGUCACUAUUCCCAUAAAGGUUGAUUGUUCUUUUCAGAAAUACUUACACAAGGCACCUUUCCAUGCUGGUAAUGAAAACUCUUGUAAUACCCCAGCCAAUCAGAAAAUGUAAACACCCAUACAAAUCACUGUGAUCAAUGUUUGUGAUUUAUUAUUUAUGUCCUCUUUUCAAACGGUCCUUAAUUAUAUCUAUAAAAAUUCUCUGUGACGAGAUCCUUGUACUAACUGAGUUUUCUGUCAGGCCAUUUUACUGGCAAGCUGCUAGACAUUCCUAACAAAGUGUUCACCCUUGGAAUUCUUGCUUCAUUUUCUCUUAUUUGCAUAUUUUAAUUAUGAUCCCAGAAAUGAUCUAAGGUGAGUAGGGGUAAACCCAGUUUACAGAUGGCUAAAUAAAAAGGAGUUUUCCAAACUAAAGCCUGAAAAUUAAAAAAAAAAACUGGAAGAGAAA